AUGUUUACAGGAUUAGUCGAAACUAUAGGGACAGUAUUAGAAUAUACUGAAUUAGAUACUACUUCAUCAGGAGGUAAUGGAGUAUCAGCCAUUAUCGGAGACUGUGCAUCCAUAUUAGUUGAUGUUCAUUUAGGUGAUUCAAUCUCAACCAAUGGAGUUUGUUUAACCGUGACUGAAUUCGAUGAAGCCAAAACUCAAUUCAAAGUUGGAAUUGCUCCUGAAACUUUACGUCGUUCAAAUUUGGGUGAUUUAAAAACUGGUUCUAAAGUUAAUUUAGAACGGGCAGUUACUAGUGAAGUUAGAUUAGGCGGUCAUGUCGUACAAGGUCAUGUUGAUACUAUUGCUUCCAUAACUAAAAGAGUACCUGAUGGUAAUGCCAUUACUUUCACUUUCCAAUUAAGAGAUAAAGAUUACAUUCAUUAUAUAGUUGAAAAGGGGUUCAUAGCAGUAGAUGGUACUUCCUUAACAGUUACAAAUGUCAAUUAUGAAACCUUUGAGUUUUCCAUAAUGAUGGUAAGUUAUACCCAAUCAAAAGUUACAUUACCAACAAAAGAUAUUGAUGGUUCAGUUAAUAUUGAAGUUGAUUUAACGGGGAAAUUAAUUGAAAAACAAAUUGAAUUAAACUUGAACAGUCAAAUUGAGAACAAAGAUAGUGCAUUAAACAAACUUAUUACUUCUUUAAUAGAGAAGAAGAUAAAUGAAGUACUUGGUAAAUAG